ACAUGAUGGGUGCUCCGUAGUCCUUACUCCACAGUUAAAAAAAACAUCAUUUUUUAUGUCACCAUUCGUUUCUUUUAAUCUCUGAGACUCUCUCUCAGAGUUAAAAUGGACCAUUCGUUUCGCCGGCGACGGCGAACAUGGUGUUGUUCAUUCGCCGUUCCACCUUCCAGCCCCGACAACCCUUCUUCCAAACCGCGUCACCGCAAGUCUGAAGCACUUUCCAAGCCUAGCUUUUCAGUCCCAAGCUCGCCCCAGAGCUUCAAAUCCGGGUCCCGGAUAGUGGGUCGGAUCGACCCUCGUCGGAUCUUGUCCCCAGGUAGAGUAUCCCCCAUCGAUUCCGAUCCCGUCGAUCCCUCUCCAGCCAUAGAUUCUGCACCCCAGUUGCGAUCUCAUAGCUUCAGGGCACCCUUUGCCGCCGACAGUGGCCCCACCCCGCCGCCGGAGAGCUCCGGCGGGUUUGACGUGAGGAUGAAUUUGAAGGGGAAGAAUGGUGAGUGCAUAGUUCUGGAGCUGAACUCGGUGGUUCUUUGCGCGAACUCGGAGGUUUUUGCAGGGUUGAUAGCGGAUUACAAAAAGGGUGUGUCUUCGUCGAGCGGUAGUACCAAAAUGUGCAGAAUAGAGGUGACUGAUGUGGAAAACUUGGGAGUUUUCAGAGAAACCAUUGAGCUUAUGUUUGAGGAUGAUUUUACCAAAAAACUCCUCAACAUUGGUGUUUAUCGAUCCAUCGACGUUUUGGAGGUGUCCGCAGGCAUCAUGUUCACUAAGGGUGUUUUGGCCUGUUUACAAUACCUUGAGGCUGUUCCUUGGACUGAAGAAGAAGAAGAAAAAUUGAGGAGCCUAUUCACAAAAUUUAAGUUUGAUGAUGCAACAACAAGAGACAUUUUAGGAAGGCUUUACCUACACGAUUCAGAAGAUUCUCAGCCAAAUGUAGCGCGACAACUUGUUUGGUCUAUCACCACUUGUGUUGAUGCCAAUGCAAGAAAUGAACUGAAGUCACUAGUCAAGGGUCUUCUUUGCAAAAGCUCAGUCUAUGAGAAGAACCAUCUUGACCUCAACAAGGAGGAUCUAUAUUCUGUUUGCCACUCAUGUCUGGGUUCUCUGAUUACCCUCUUUGAGGAGGCAUCAAACACCAUCCCUCCUGAAAGGUCGAGGAAGAAUGAUAUGAAUAAGUCGAUGAUUGAGCGCGUCUCAAGACAGGUUGAUAACAUCAACUGGUUGCUGGAAAUCAUGCUUGAUGGGCAAAUGGCUGACGAGUUUGUGGAUAUAUGGGGUGAUCAACACCAACUUGUUAAAAUGCAUGAUAAUGCAUCCCCCAUGAUUAGAUAUGAACUCAGUAGAGUUUCUGCAGUUCUGUUUGUUGCCAUGGCUACCAGAAAACUACAAUGCCCUUUGGAAGCUAGAUCAGGGAUUGUGCAAACAUGGUUCAGACCAAUGUUGUUGGACUUUGGUUGGUUGCAGAGAUGUAGAAAAGGGCUUGAUAUAAAGCUCUUGCAAGAGGCUAUGGGUCAGACACUUCUUACUCUACCUCUAAAGCAACAACACAUGCUAUUCAUGGAAUGGUUUCAGUACUUCUCAAAGCAUGGCACUGAAUGUCCGAAUCUAAGCAAGGCAUUCCAAAUUUGGUGGCGUAGAUCAUUUUUAAGAGGCUCUGAAACUCAAGCAAUUGAAUCAAGGUGAAGAGUGCCACUAUUUGUCAUUUUUACUGUUUGUGUACUCUGUAAAGAGUUGCAAUUAGGUGAGAGGUUCUGAACUGUAUACUGAAUAACGUAGAUAAACUUCAUAGAUGGUUGUAUUAACAGCUUCAUGCCUAAAUGAUAUAAUUUUUUUCUAGAUUAUUUU